GGAGAGCAGUGUGCUUUACUGUUUUGGUCUUUAAGAAACAUUUUCAGAACUGGAUGGAACGCGAAUAGGGAAAGAACUUGUAGGAAUAUAUUAAGAAUAAAAAGACACCACGCUGGAAUGAUGACACCAAAUUCCAAGUGCCUAUGGACUAUCCUACUAACUGCAGUCAUUUCCUUAUUGUCCGAAAAGCUUUGCUUAGCAGACUCAACGUUUGCAGGCGCUCAAACAUUUCCAAAUGGUAAUCAGUUGACGGACGACAAACUUGUUUCAAAUAACGAGCUGAAACGUGCUUGGUCAAAAUUCGCAUCUUGGGGGAAACGGGGGUUUGAGAAUUCGUUUUCUGUAUGGGGAAAAAGGGGUGAUGAUAAUGAAGUUGCUCAAAUAGAACCCGACAAAAGAGCCUGGUCGAAGUUUGCAUCUUGGGGUAAACGUGAUAUGCCAAUGGAGAGUGAUAAGCGUGAAUGGAGUGGAUUUCAUUCUUGGGGAAAACGAGAUGAUGACACUUUGACACUUGACGACAGACUUCCAGGCAUCCGACCGAUAGACUUACACGACGCUGAUAAACGAAAAUGGAGCCCUUUGUCAACAUGGGGAAAACGAAACUAUGAUGACUUUACAGAUGCCGAAAAAAGAAAAUGGUCAAAAUUUGCGUCAUGGGGCAAACGUGCGGAUGAGCUUUCUGAUAUGGACAAAAAAAAAUGGUCUAAAUUUACAUCGUGGGGUAAGCGUAGUGAAACAAGCGACGAUGCAUCUGAUGAGAAUGACACGUUGAGUGAGGACAAGAGGAAGUGGUCUAAAUUCGCAUCAUGGGGCAAACGGGACGACGAGAGCAUGGAUAAGCGAAAGUGGUCACAACUAUCGACAUGGGGGAAGAGGAACGGACUCUCAGGCGAUGAUCUUAAUACUGAUAAAAGAGCUUGGUCGAAAUUUGCCUCAUGGGGCAAGCGAUAUCGCACGCAACAACCUUGGGUGAACCUAGGUGCCUGGGGAAAACGUCGUUGGACGGGCCUAGCGACUUGGGGAAAGCGAUCUACUGAUCCAGACAGCAAAUAUAUGGAUGUAGACCAGGCUGCUUAUAGACUCAUGAAGUACUUUGAUAUGAAUGGGGAUGGGGCCUUAGAUUUGGACGAGAUAAGUACCUACAUCCGCACUCUGAUGUCACUUCCGUCCAGAAAAGACAUGGGAGAAAAGGAACCGGAAAUGACGCAACAGUGAUUCAGCACUUACUGAAACAUGUGUAAAAAAGACAAUAUGAACAUUGUAUUGUCAAAUACAUUUAUGUAAAUUACUGGAGGUUUAUGCUUGUCUAUGUAUUAUUUUCACUGGUCAAUUUUUUCGUUAUUUAAAAACAAAGGAAUGAACUGGGAGUGUUGGAAAAAGCAGGCAAGAACACAAUUUCAAAAAAAAAAUACACAAAUUCAUCGAACAGUAUUAAAAAAAAACACAUUUCAACCAUUUCCUUGAUUUUAAUUAAAAACUGGUAUACGGUUCAUGAAGGUCAUUCGAUUUCACAACAUAUAAAUUUAAAGACUCCGUUUAAUUUCAUUUUCAUUGCAAUUGUCUAAGAAGUAAUCUUAAACCUAAAUUACUUGAAAUACUGAAAUUUAUUUUAUUUCUUUUCCCAAGGUUCUUAUCAAUAUAACGUAUAUCAUUGUUUCAACUGAUAGAUUCAUUCACUCUGCAUGCAACCUGAUGUUUUAAGUUGCCGGACAAAACGGUCAGUCUUGCACUCAGUACAGUAGAGAAAUAAUGAAGUGUCGGCUGUUUUAUUACUAUGUUAAGAUUUUUAAUCAAACUUUGACUAAGAGAAAAAUAUCGAUCGUGUACACGGGCAUAAAUUCUACAUUAUAUUUAUAAUUUACCAAGAACGCAGAAGUACUUAGCAGAGUUAACAUUCGGAACUCCUCGGCCAUUUUCCAUCGAAAACAACAUCGAAUGUAUAUGGACGGUUUACAAUGUCAGAAAUCUUUACAAUUAACUACGCUGAAAGUAGAUCGCGUAGUAAUUUCAAUUUGGCAGUUACCCUUAAUGACUUUGGGUAUCUUUAUUAUGUAUGCAAUAAUUCACUUCACUGGCAAUCAUUUUGAACUUAGUUAUACAAAAUACUCGUAAAACACUACAAUUAAUUAAUACUAUUGUUUAAACUUUUUUACGAACUACCGCUGAUGUACCGACAUACAUUCGAGGUUGUUUUCGGUGACAAAUGGUCGAGUAGUUCCGAAUGCAGAGUUUAAUUGAGCAAAUGGCCAUGCAGAGAAGCAAACAAAACAUAACAUGACCUUGUUAAUGACACAAUGAUCGAGUGACCAAACGACACCGUUUUUGUAAUUAGAAAGCGCACAUCACCGUUGACAACUCAAGAAUGACUGCAGAUAGUGUUAACAAAUGUGUUCCAACUUAAAAAAGAUUCCUAAAUUAGGUAGCAAACUUGUAUUCAUGUUUGCGAUGAUUAUAAAACCAACAUCACACUAAAGGAAUAAAAAAAACUUUGAACUAUAAAUGUUGUUGAAAUAAUUUCGAUACAAGCCAGUAUAAGAUGUACACCUACAUUUUUGUAUGAUAUAUUUCAUUUGCGAACCAUAAAUGCAAUCCCAUGCAAGAAACAGUUGUUGAGAAAUAAAAUUUUGUACCAUCAA